AGCAAUGAACGAUGAUGACAAAAUUAAUACUGAUGAAAAUUUGACGGUUGACAAAUGCAUAGAUUUGUGCCACGAAAGAAAAUUUAAAUAUGCGGGACUAGAAGCUGGUAAUCAAUGUUUUUGUAGCGACAGUUAUAAUGGUUCGGGUGGUAUUCGAGAUGAGCAUUGCAGUUCUAGUUGUGCUGGCAACAGUUCCCAAAUUUGUGGAGCAAUAAUUGGUAUAGUGGUAGGAUUAGUAGUUUUUGGAGU